GGAAAUGAAUUUGACAAUACGAAAAAAAAAGUAUUUUUAUAUUUACAUUUAUACUGAAAACUGAUGGUAGUAAUUCUGAGGAAUGGAUCGGUACGUGCUAGUUGUUUCUUUUAACCAAGAAGAGGAUAAAUGCGCGAAGGCAUUGGAGGCUGCCAAACAGAUCUAUGAUAAACUGGGGAAUAUCUCCUGUUGUAAUUCAACAAGGAGGGUUUCUCUGUUUCCAGCCUGCUCUCUGAGUGGUGGUCCUGCCUCACAGAGGUGGUAUUUUGCUGUCCAGGCAUGUCAUGGGACAUCUCAGUUCUGCAGUGCAGAGUGGGAGGAGCUGGGUAGUUGUCAGAAGAAUGAUGACCAGGAGGAAAGCCCCAACAAUAUGGAUGCCUGUCUCCGUACUCUGGAUGACCAGGAGGAGAAGACUGACCAGCCUGGCCCACGGCAGACUGAGUUGUAUGAAGAGGCAGCAGAAGGACUGCACCUUUUAUCAGACAGGCUUCCCCAUCCAGGAAAAGCUCUGCUAGAUGUGAUAUUUCUGGGUGUUGCUGAAGAGGCUCCUAACCUGAAGGACUUCCUCCCUGUGAUUGGCUCAUUGAAACACAUGCAGGCAUGGCACUCAGCCAAGAUUACCAUAGUGACUGAACACCAAGCUGGGUGGCAGAAGCCAGCCUCCAACCUGUCAGCCAGUAUAGUAGAUACCAGUGGCAUCAUGACCUGUAUUGAUGAGAGGGAGUUAUGGAGAGGAGGUGUUAUUUAG